AUGUCAAAAUCUUUGACCAUAGGCAAAAAACAUAAAUGCAGGUCACGAGAGAUUAACUUUGAGGACGCAAGAACGGUAAACGUUAACCUCGAAAGCGGACCCAAAAUGUGCUUAUACACUCAUAAAAACGAUAAUCUGUACAAAAAAGCACGAUACACGCAGUUUAUGAGAUGGAUGGGGAAGGGGGUAAAAGAUACCAGAACACGAAUCACCCGCGCAUCAGACUAA